CAGAGAGAGAGAGAGAGAGACAGACACAGAGAGAGAGAGAGAGAGAGAGAACGCGAGAGAGCACGCGAGAGACAGCGCGCGAGCACGCCACAGAGAGCGAGAGGGGAGCGCGCCACAGAGAGCGAGCGCGAAAGAGAGCACGAGCGAGAGAGAGCACGAGCGAGAGAGAGCACGAGCGAGAGAGAGCACGAGCGAGAGAGAGAGCGAGCAAACGAGAGCGAGCAAACAGAGAGCGAGCAAACAGAGAGCGAGCAAACAGAGAGCAAUGACACAUUUAUUAGUAUAUUAGACAUAAACGAGCAGACCAGCUGUUUGCCAAACUUGGAAGUGCUAACCAAGAACAGGGAAAACGAGUGA